AUGAACCUAGCCAUACUACUCAAUCACCGACUCAACCUCAGCAUCAAUAUUAUGAACCUCCACAACCUACUCAACCAAAUUAUCAGUAUUAUUUAUCACCUCCACAGCAACCACCUCAACAACCUCAACAACCUCAACCAACUUAUCAGUAUUAUGAAGUUAGUCAACCUACUCAACCACAGCAACAAUAUUACGAACCUCCACAAACAUCUCAACCAGAACAGUAUGAGUAUUAUGAAGUUAGUCAACUUACUCAACCUCAGCAUCAAUAUUAUGAACCUCCUCAAACAUACCAACCUCAACCCACUCAACAACAACAUCCAGAAAAUUACUAUAUACCACAAUUACCACAUCCCGCUCAACAACCACAGUAUGAGUAUUAUGAACCUCCUACUACUCAAACAUCACCACUACCUCAAGUACCAGAACAACUGGAUCAGUAUUAUUUACCACCACAGCAACAACCAGAACAGUAUUACGAUCCUUAUCAACCUAACCAACCUACUCAACAACCACAGUAUCAAUCUUGAGCAAAUAGAAUGUGACGAUCGAAUUAUUUAUCAGCAUACACAUGGAACACCAUAUUGUUCAUUAUUAAGUCAUAGUAAAAAAACGAAUGUUUUUGUCAUGACAAACAGUGAUGGAUUUACAUUAGUUAGGAAAACUAAAGGAGAAUGGAAAAAAAAUGAUUAUAAAAUUCCAGAAAAUAUAAUACUAUUCACACAAGAUUUUUUAGGUAAUGAAAUUAUAAUAACUGGUGAUCAAUAUAGUAUUCAUUUUACAUCACUCGGAUCCUUUAAAUAUGUAUUGCUCCCAGGCGUAAAGUGCUGUAAAAUAGUAGUUGAUGGUCUGAUGGUAUGGGAAAAAACUGAUGAUGAUGUAGGUUUUCCUACAAUUAUUUAUUUAUCAGAACAAUUGACUGUUACAAUUAAGUUUGAAAAAUAUAGUAAAACGUUCCGUAAGAGGCCUAAGUACUAUAAACUCCUACACAUUAAAAAAACUUCAGGAAAAGAUAGAUAUAGCUAA